AUGAAUAAACAAGCUUUUGAAUCCAUCCUGCAGACUGGUUGUAUUUGUAAACAAACUAUAUUUUAUCAUACAAUCUUCGAAAUUUAGUUCUGAAAAAGUGAAUCGUAGAAAUAAACUUCAUUAUACAUAACCGGAAAUGGCCCCUCCUCACAUUCAUAUGCUACUGAAUCAGCUUCCUGUGUAUUUUGACCCAUGUAUGACGAUCGAACGCAUUGAUUCGAUAUGCGCCGGAGAAGAGUUGCAACCGAAUUGCUCAGGUAAUGAUUCUAGUGAAGAAAAUUCAGCAUUAGAUCUUCGUGACUGCUCCAUGAUUCGCCGAGCUGUGGAAGAUGCAAAUUUAUUAGAAUUGUUGAACGACAUCUGCAUGGAAGCGAGGAAAACACGUCAGAAGACGGGUGUUUUCGAUCAGUACGACAACUGGCAGUAUUUGUCCAAAAAGAUAAGUGUCGACCAGUUAUUAGCGUUCAUCUAUGGGUUAAUUUGCUUGGCAGAGUAUGAUCCAACGGAAAGUACUAACAGACGGUUGGCAAAUGCAGCGGUGAAAACAUACUUGGCGCUUUUAGGUACUCCCGGUCAGAAGCAAACCGCUGCAUUCAACGAGCAAGUGCUGCUUAAAUGUUUCGAUAUUUUAAAGUUGGCGGAACUUUUGUUGGAUCCGAUGUUUGAUGAUUAUCUCAAAAAUGAACGAUCUGAUUUCAUUACUCGUUUACUGCUGGAUUACAUACAGAUUAUGGAUGAAAUACAGUUGUUACUGAAAUGCAUGACUCUGAAAAGUUGUGAUAAUAUUAAACUGCAAUUGAUCAAUGGUUUAAAGUCGUUGUUGGAUUAUGUCAUUAAGCAUGCCAAAAAUCGUCAGGUAGCAGAAAACGUAGCUGAUAAGAUUUUCGGAACACUUGAGUCAAUAUGCUUGCCAGAGCACGACGAUCAAAAUGAGAGCUCUAAAACAAUCCAACUAAUUUUAAACCGGACCGCCUUGUUCUACAAACUUGAGUAUAAAAGUUAUCCUGCCUGCUUUCAAAUCUAUAAUUUCUUUUUAAGAAUGUUGCAUCAGUACCCGAAGGAUACGCCUCCCAUUCUUACCAUAUUCAUCAAAUCAGUGCUUACCAAUCCGCCCAAAGUCUUCUCUCGUCCAGAGGAUUACGCUUAUCUUAGUGAUAUCGCCGUCAAAUACGAAACCGCUAUGUACAGCAAGUGCAACGUUUCAAUUAUAAGCUAUUUGAAACAGAUAGAAGGUCACUCUGAAACUUGCACUCGAGUAAACAUUGUUGAUAUUCUUGGUAAACUUGCAACGGUGGAUUGUACUGUAGACUGGGAACUAUUCAAGACCGAUAUAUCCGAUGUACCGAGGGAAAUUCAAAUGAUUGAACUGCUGUACAAUAAACUAAUCGAAAAAAACUCAACCGUCAAGCAGAAAGCAUUUCACUGUCUUCUGAAAAUUCUUCAACAGGGAAAUAAAAUCAUGAAACAAAUAAUCAAAGACACGUUCUACUGUGCUACGGCUGAUGAAGAUGAAAAAAGUUACCUUCAAAUGAAUGACAUGGACGAGCUCUAUAGAACUGCCGAGCUGGAACUUGGCAUUUCUCGAAAUGCACUAAACUUCAAUUUGAGCUCUGUUAGCGUUAACGCCUGCUCAAAUUCAGUUCAGUCUGUGUUAACAAACAAAAUAUCAUCCACUAUAAGGGGAAUAGAAUCUAUCGAAGACAAACUUGCCACAUUGAGUGACGUUAUCUACGAAGCAACUCUUUCACCAACGUCUUCAAUUCGACGAGUGGCCCUUUCCUGCGUGGAGUGCAUUGUAGAGCUGAACAGAAAUAGAAUAGACGAUCCGAUUUUCGAACAUGUUAUAGUAAAACUCGCCAAGGAUCCCGUAAUGCUGAUGCGACGUACCACUCUUAACGUUUUGAACCAAUUGCUGGGACGGUACCCGAACUACCUUCCGCUGAUAAAAAUUUGGUCCAAAUGUUUACUGCAGUUUCUGGACGAUAGCGACCAAAAGUUGAAAGACUCGGCUCUAGAGAGCCUGAAAAGUAACGUAUUCGAUAACAUAUGUCGUUUCGAGGAUUCUUCCUCGGGCAAAAUCUUCACUCCGUGGAUGAUUGUUCGAUCUAUACUGGUACUGGGGAAAAUCAAUGUAUUGAAGGCAGCCGUUGAUUCGUGGAUUCAGAAAUCAAUCUUAACCCAGAAAAAUUUGAUGAUAAUCGAGUCACACAUCUUCACAGUCAACUGCAGCGAAGCAUGGAUCAUUUUGUCAAUUAUAGCAAAUAAGAUGAAGUCAAGAAAUCCGGAUGUCGUGAUAAAAACGAUGAAUGAAAUUCUUCAAGUUGAUAUGUAUAACUCCCCGGUAUGCCUACAGUACAUUCUGUGCGUGGUCAAAGCAUGGUUAGAUGACUUCACUCAUGCAGGACUCAACCAUCUAUUCAAGAUUCUCAGUGACCUGCUGCUCACCGGAAGCACUACCAUUUCACUUGUCAGUUAUGUGUACAGCCUUUGCUGUGCUAUCAAGGAGAAAUCAGAUGGCUUAGUGGAUGAAAACUGGAUCCGUGGAAUUCGUGACAACACAGCCGACUAUCUUCUGCAUUAUCAUUCACAUUACUCCAGCUUCCACAUGUCAAACGAGCGAUACCUGAUUAGUUUACUCGUCUAUGCUGAAACCAGUACUGAUUUGAACGAUAGACCAGAUGCGAAAAUUUUGUCUAUCCUGUUACAAUAUUUAGCUCAGGUCGCAUCGGACGAAAACUUAUUUAUUCAACAAACCGAUCAAAACAGGAAAAUCUGUGUCACCAUUGUGGUUUUAUCCAGGUUCGGCUUACGUGAUGGAUCUCUGGCAUCGACAAUCAUCGGUGACUAUAACAAGAUUCUUAAGUUCAAGAACAUACAUCAGAGCAUAAUCUGUACCUUGAUAACAUCAUUCUCAGAUUUAUGUAAAAGACAUACGUCCUUGGUUGAUUCAUCCAUUAAAACAGUUAUUCUGCAGCUCAGCUCAAAUUAUAUCACAGUUCGAUCUGUGGCUUUGAACAAUCUGAACGAAUUGAUUCUUCAAGACUACGUCAAAAUGCGCGGACGGGUUUUGCUAAACAUUCUCAAAUUAACAAUAGAUGAGGAUAGUCAGAUAGCAGCUCAAGCACUGUACGUGAUACAACUGUACGUACAUUCCAAGAACGAAAAGCUGUUGAAGGUAUCUUUGUUGGAGUGUGUCUACGUAUUCAACAACUAUUUACAGUAUGCUGAAAGUGAUAUGUUUCCUGCCUCCGAGAUAGACAAUGAACCUUGCGAUCUAGCAGGAAACGAGCAGGAGAACAUCGCAAAGCGAACACUGAUUUAUGAUUUCUUCAUAGACAACAUCGAUGAUCUGAGCUUGCUAAAGUUACUCAAAAAUGUGAACAAAAUCAAUGCUCAGCUAAGUCAGCGGAAGUUUGUCCUAUGUCCAGCUGGAGCGGGCACGUUGAUCGAUUUGUUGUAUAUAUUCACAAAAAUGGUAUCGGUGAAAGAUCGCGACAAAGCUCGUCUAGCCAAAGCAGCGGCUUCCACUGCAAACGACGAAGACACUAUGCCUACUGCUUCAACUGAAGAAGGCCCUUCACCGGUGAAGAAAUCACGCGUGAAACUUGCACUCCAGCAAAAUGAACAGGAAACGAUCACUAUCGUGGAAAAGAUGAUCGCAGUUUACCAUGACUUUCAGUGUCGGGUACGUGAAUAUGUCAGUAAAGUGGAUUCAUCGUUGAUAGAUCUUGCUAAUCAAAGGAUACACGAUUUUUCUAUGGCCACUGCCAAACAGUUCCGGGGGUUGGUUGAAUUCGCCAAACCAAUGGAAUUUUGGAGAGGUUUAAUGAAAGUUAUAGAAGCUGAUAAGGAGAUGGCAUCGCCCCGGAAAGGAAGACGACGAAAAUCAAGGCGCAGUGCAUCCGUCAGCGGGGAAAGUGAGCAUGGAAGCUUAUGCGAUGAUUAUGAUGAUUACCGGUAGAAAGUUUCUGUUUUUAUUUC